AUGGCACUAGAGAAUGAGACCCAGGAAACUCUCAAUGAAAAAACGUGGGCAGAGUUAAUCGCUUUAUGCCAAGAUCGAAUUCCUGCACCUUCAACUCCGCGUCUUAUUUCGGUAGAUGGAACUAAUGUACGACAUGAGAAGAUGAAUACUGUAUUUAUGUCGUUACUUCUUGAUGAUGAAGAUAUAUCAAAAGAAAUUCGUUAUGACGAAUUAGAAAUAGGAAAAAAAUUGGGAUCAGGUGGAUUCAAAGAUUGUUAUAUGGGACGAUAUAAAGGGGAAUUGGUUGCUAUUGGGGAACUUCGAGUAGCGAAUUUUUCUGAUUCAGAUUUUAAAGAAAUCAGACAUGAAAUAAAUGUUCUCAA